GCAGUGGACUGAACCGAAUACUGAUGUAUAAUCACUGUCAGGUCAAGCAUUGAUGUAUUAAUAUAGUCCUAAUCAAUGCAGCAUCUUCAUGCACAGCAAGUGAGAGUGAAUUUCCACUAACAUCUCUGGAGAUCUGAAAGAAGUACUUCUCAGGGAGUUUAAGCACUUUAAACAGGUUUGUGUGUGUGUGUGUGUGUGUGUGUGUGGUGUGUGUGUGUGUGGCCACAGGGCCCAGAAGAGGAAAAACGUUGAAGACAAUAUAAACCAUGUCCAAUGGGAAAGAUGCAGCUGUUACAGAAAACUCCAGACAGAUGUCCCUACAGGCCUGUCUUGAAGAAUGCAUGGAGGCCUUGGAUCUGUUCCUCAACAACAAUUUUAAUGAGAGUUUGGACAAACUACGACCACGGUCUAAGGAGAGCAUGUACCAUGCUCUGAUCUAUGCCACAGUACUAGAGAUGCAAGCCAUGAUGACCUUUCAACACGAUGACAUUGUGCAUGCUGGGAACACAAUGAAGAGCGCUCAAGAGGUGUGCCAGAGAUUCCGUAAGAAGUCUGGUGGUCUUGGGAGCCGAGGAGCAAACGAUGAACUCUCGGAAGAGCAGCUCCAUGCUGAAGUGUGCUAUGCUGAGUGUUUACUACACAGAGCUGCUCUUACAUUCUUACAGGAUGAGAACAUGGUGAGUUUUAUCAAAGGAGGAAUCAAAGUUCGGAACAGUUACCUCAUAUACAAGGAGCUGCACGCCUUUAUCCAAUCAGAUACCUCUUUCAAAGGACCAAACCACAAGCAUUUACAGGGGGGAGUCUCUUUUGGAAUCGGGGCUUUCAACUUGACUCUUUCACUGUUUCCUGCCCGGAUACUCAAGCUGCUGGAGUUUGCAGGCAUUUGUGGAGAUAAGGAGUUUGGCAUCUCUCAGCUGUACACCGGUGCCACCUCUUACACCCUGCGCUCUAUGCUCUGUGCUCUCCUCCUGCUCUGCUUCUACAUGUUCCUCUCCUUUAUUUUGGGUACAGGAGAGGGGGAUGUUGAAGAUGCAGAGAAGCUUCUGAAGCCGUUCCAACUGCGAUACCCACGUGGAGCGAUUUUCCUCUUCUUUGCAGGUCGAGCAGAAGAGAUCAAGGGCAACAUUGAUGAGGCGGUGGCGCUGUUUGAGGAUGGCUGUAAGGCGCAGCAAGUGUGGAAACAGUUCCACCACAUGUGCUACUGGGAGCUGAUGUGGUGUUUCACCUAUAAGAGGCACUGGAAGAUGGCGUACUUCUACGCAGACCUGCUUAGUAAUGAGAGCCGCUGGUCGAAGGCCAUGUACGUGUAUAUGAAGGCUGCUUAUCUCAGCAUGCUUCCAGAGACAGAAGCUCGACCGUUCGGUGAUAAUGAGGUGGAUCUCUUUAGACAGGUCCCUACAUACAAACAGAAGAUAGCAGGCAAAUGUCCGCCCACAGAGAAGUUUGCCAUCCGCAAAGCUCGACGUUACAAAUCCAGUCAUCCAAUCAAACUUCCUGUUCCUGUGCUUGAGAUGAUGUACAUGUGGAACGGCUUCUCCAUGAUUUGCAAACAGCCUGAGCUCACAGAGGGUAUAAUGGAGACACUGUUAGAGGCAGAGCACACCCUGCAUGCUUCUCCAGAUAAUGAGUACACAGUGGAUGACACGUGUGUAAUCCGGCUUCUGAAAGGGCUGUGUUUGAAGAACCAAGGACAGAUGCAGGCAGCUGAGGAUUGUUUCAACCAGGUUUACAGCAGUGAAAAGAAGUUGAAAUUUGAUCAUUACCUGGUUCCUAAUGCUCUGUUGGAGUUGAGUCUCCUGUAUAUAGACAUGGGGAGGAAAGAGCAAGCUAUCAAACUACUCCAGAAAGCAAAGAAUAACUACAAGGAGUACUCGAUGGAGUCUCGUACGCAGUUCAGGGUCCAUGCAGCUCUGACUAAACUUAAAGCUGACACAAGUGACCAGGAUGAAAUAACACCAUUUUGAAGAAAGACUGAAUGAUUCUCUGAGGAUCAUGUCGUCACUUUAAUGGGAGAAGGAAAGACUAAAGACAUCACCGUGUGCCCCCCCCAUAUUCAUCUAGUGGUACUGCCCGUUUCACACUUAUAUUAGAGGGUUUGGGCGAUUAUAAUAGGGGGAACACUACAAACUAUAUUUGUACUUUCUCCCCUCUGAAGGCUUAUGUGCCAGAUUUAUGUUCAUUUUAGACAGAUAGCUAUAGUUUAGAGACAAGAUUUAUGAUUUUUCAAAUGUAAGCCAGAGUUUAAGGUCUUGUGUGUUCAAAUGUAAUAAAAAUUACAUUUUAGAGAGUAUUAGAAAUCAAAUAAUUAUUUUCUGUAUUUUUUUCAAGUUUAAGUUCUGUAUAGGUUAAAUAACGGAAAAGGAUUGGACAACUGACCACGUUUACAAAAAAUGUAGACAAACCAUUUUUACACUAA